CUAGAGUCGGCAAAGCUCACAGUGGACUGUUGUCACUCUAACAGAGACCACCACACCCAGAGCCAGCGUCAACACUCAGGGUGGCUUUCUGCUCAGACACACACCUACUGCAGAGACUCUGCUCUUUUUAUUCAGGAGGCUCUGUGUUUCCAGAGGGCUGACAAUCCAUAAUAUCCAUUUGAAGUGAAUAGAGUGAAGUAUUUGUGGUAUUGCUUGACUUUCACUUGACAGAGGAGUACUUUUUUUUCAUCUUUACCUCAGUCUGAAGACUCCUUUUACAAAGCUUUUGACAUUGGAUUUCCAAGGAUGCAUUUUGUGAGUCCUCUUGUGUUGGUGACUUUAUUUUUGUUGCUGAUUGAAGCCAAGUUCUACAGACCGCUCCAGUUUAACCAGUACAAGGCUGGACCCACUCAAUACCAUGAGCAGGGGAAACCCACCAGCAGACACAAGAACCACUGUGCCUACGUUGUUGAAAAGACGGUGUCCUUCACCGUACAGGAUGGGGCAGCUCCAUAUGUGAAAGCUGAGUACAACAAGUGUUCCUGGGGUCAGAAAUGUCCAACUCUCCAGUAUCGUCUGAUGUACAAACCGUUGUUCAAGGUGGCACAUAAGACCGUCACAGAGCUGGAGUGGCGUUGUUGUCCCGGAUACUCCGGUUAUGGCUGCAUGGAGGGACAUCCGGUUUACCAACACCCCAUGAAAAUGAUGCCACCAUUUAAGGGCCCACCAAUGAAAGGCCCACAGUUCAAGGGCCCACCAAUGAAAGGCCCACAGUUUAAGGGCCCACAGUACAAAGGUCCCAUGUCUAAGGGCCCACAGUACAAAGGUCGCAUGUCUAAGGGCCCACAGUACAAAGGUCCCAUGUCUAAGGGCCCACAGUACAAAGGUCCCAUGUCUAAGGGUCCUAUGUUCAAGGGUCCCAUGUUCAAGGGCCCACCUAUUAACAUGAAGGCUAACCCAUGGAGUCAGAAAGGGCCUCCCACCGGCAGCUUUAACUAUCAAAUGCGGCAGUUUGGGCCUCCGAGGACCUACCCAGAAGAGUCGAUGCCAGAACACCAGGGGCCAAAUCAACCAGAACACCAGGAACUUCAUCACACAGAACACCAGGGGCCAAAUCAACCAGAACACCAGGAACUUCAUCACACAGAACACCAGGGGCCAAAUCAACCAGAACACCAGGAACCACAUCACACAGAACACGAGGAGCCACAUCACACAGGACACGAGGAGCCACAUCACACAGAACACGAGGAGCCACAUCACACAGAACACGAGGAGCCACAUCACACAGGACAUGAGGAGCCACAUCACACAGGACACGAGGAGCCACAUCACACAGAACACGAGGGACCACAUCACACAGAACACGAGGAGCCACAUCACACAGAACAUGAGGAGCCACAUCACUCAGGACACGAGGAACCACAUCACUCAGGACACGAGGAGCCACAUCACACAGGACACGAGGAACCACAUCACUCAGGACACGAGGAGCCACAUCACACAGGACAUGAGGAGCCACAUCACACAGAACACGAGGAGCCACAUCACACAGGACACGAGGAACCACAUCACACAGGACACGAGGAACCACAUCACACAGGACAUGAGGAGCCACAUCACACAGUACAUGAGGAGCCACAUCACACAGUACAUGAGGAACCACAUCACACAGAACACGAGGGCCCUCAUCACACAGAACACAACCAAGAACAUGAUCAGGGACAUGGGCUCGGCGGACAACCUGAGGAUCACAUCCCAGAAGAAAUCCCUGCUCGUCCCUCUGGGGGUGAACAGCCUGAAGGCCAGGCUGUAGACAGUGAGACAGAGGAUCGAAUAUAUCGAAUGGAGGAGGAUGUGCAGCGUCUGAACCGAGGCCUGGAGACCCUGAGAGGAACUGUGAACGGUCUGGAAGAAAGUCUCCGAGCCUCGCUGAGAGAGGACGCCAACAGGAUGCUGUCGGCGCUGCUCUCCGCUUCCCCCGGUGCUGUUCCCGCUCCAGCUGCUUCCUCCGGUCAGUCCACUGUCGGGUUCGUAGAGAUUUCUUUGGGAGGCCCUGAGGCAGAGGGUCUGGAUGGCAGAACAGUGUUUCCAGGGCUUACAGAGCUGAACGGGAGGGUGGAGGAGCUCAGGACUGUGCUGCAGGCCAAGACAUUAGAGCUGCAGGAACUCAAAGCAACAGUGACAGGACAUGAUGGAGCCCUGAAGAAGAUGUCAGCAGGAAUUAUAUCGGACUCCACGGUCAGUCUCGAAGGAGCUCCGCAGAUAGCUAUAGAGAACUUGAUGGAUGGCAAGCUGAGUGAAGCCAGGUCGGAAAUCCUUGGUGGGUUUGAGGUACGAGUGAAGAGCGCAGAGGGCAAAUGUGAGGAGAAAGCUGGGGAUCUGCGUCGUCAGUGCCAGAGGGAGCAGAGCGAGAGGCAGGAGCAGAUGGAGGACGCUCUGGAGGGAAGCAACACAGACCUGAGAUCAGAGCUGAGAAACCUCCAGGCGCAGAUCCAAGGUUUGACGGCUUCAGGGAACUGCUCCAGUAGAGUGGGUGGGCUGGUUGAACGGGUGCACAGGCUGGAAACAUCAGUGGCAGGCCUCAACCAGUCCCAGGGGCACCUGAGGGUGGAGCUGGGCGGACACAAAGACCACAUAGAGGGGAUGCUGGAGGGGCGUCUGGGGUAUGUAGAGGCCAAGCUCAAUGUGACCGGGGAGUUAAAACACAACAGUUCUGAAAGAGGGAAUGUAUUCCCUGAGGCAGGACAGGGUGUGGAGGAGGCCAGGAUGGAGGGUAGGCUGCUGGCUCUGGAGGACCGUUUACUGAUGGCGUUAGAGGAGCCGGUUAACUCCACGUCCCCCGCACUGCAGGAGGGUCAUGCUGUUCCCGCUCUGGAGACGGAGAUGGAUUCCAUCAGAGAGAGACUGGAGGUGGAUGUGGAUAGACUGCAGAGGCAACUGAGCAGCCUUGAGACCCGCUGCACCUCUUCCUCUACUAAAACACCAUCUGCCAUCCAAGGAGACUCUGCCGCCAAUCCAUCAGAGGAGCAGAACGUGAAGGACGCACUGGACAUGCAAGGGGAUCGCUUAAAAGGGCUUAACGUCACCCUGCAGAACGUCCUGAAGCGUCUGCACCAGCAGGAACAAGCGGAGGGAGUUAAUCCCGUCCAGGGGGAGCUCACAAUCCUCAAGUUCAAUGUGCGCUCGGUCAACCACACCCUCAAAGUCCUCCAGGAAACUCUGGGGACAGUCGUCCAUCAGGUGGGACAGGCCAACAGCUCCUGGCAGAUGAGCGAGGCGAGUCUGGCCAAGCAGAUAAAGGGUGUGGUGCAGCUGGUCGGACAUCAGGCCGCCAUGCUCGGGGCAGGCGACAGACUGACCCGGGUUAAAGUGGAGCUGCAGGGCAUGAGGAGGCGUCUGGCUGAGGAGGUGCGGGGCUGCCGGAGCACAGCCAUGGGCGUCAGGAAAGAGGUGACUGAGGUCGGAGGGCGCAUUACUAGUGUAGAGGACCAGUGUAAGGGCCUGAGUUACCUGGCGGAGGACCUGGAGAGGAUCAGGGAGGAGCUGGAGAAACAGUCGAGCGGUCUUCUGGUGCAAGUCAACGGGACGCUGUCCAGCCACGCGCAGCAGCUGUCGGAGCUCAGAGGAGAAGUGAGAAACUGCACGGCCCAGCUGGAUCCAACACAACACAGUUCAGAGCCGGAGCGAGGCGAGGAGACACCUUCGCUUUGAAUUAGCUCAGUUCACACGGACAAUACAUUUUUUAACUGAAUGAAAAAGGGGAAAAUACUCUGCAGGUGUAGUGGGGGUCCACUAAAACUCCAUCUUAUCAUUUGAAUUGUAAAAUACAAAGGUUUUGAACCUGCACUGAAAUGAGGAUGGUUUUACUCGGCUUACAGUAUAAAAUAAAGAAUGGCAGCUGCACCAAUAACACAACAUCUUCAAAUUGGUGCUAGAAUGAACUUUAAAUGUUACUGUACUGUUUCUGUAAAGCUUUCCAAAACAUUUUGUAUGAACGGUUGUUUACAUGUUUAGGUUUUUGUAUUGAUUUUUCUUAUGUGUAGACGAGUUGUGUAUUAUGUUUUUAUAUUGUUUAAGUUCUUGAGUAUACUUUUCUAUUCUGAUUGUAAUACUGCAUAAAAUGUUGGCGUUUCAAUACUGACAAUCAAAUAAACAAGUUUCUUUAA